AUGAAUGCGCGGCAGCUUUUCGAGAGCCUCGACCCGGGACAGCUUGGCUACCUCACUCUGGACUCCCUGCGUCUAGUCCGGGGCCGCCUGGCUUUUUGUGACUACCGCGAGUUGGUGAAGUCCGAGCUUGGGGACUUCAACCAGACACUGCGCGCUGCGGAUGUGAAUGGGGAUCUUCAGGUCACUCCUGCGGAGUUUGUCCAGCAGGCUUUGCCUUUCUGCAUCACGGAGGCUGAGGCCCUAGACCUGCAUGGGCAGAUGGAUUUCCUCAAUCAGGGUUUCGUGGACCUUUUCCCGAUGGUUCCUGCAAGGACGGGGAGAGAACAGAAAAUCAAAUACUGGACAGUCUAG